AUGGCAAUCAAUCCUCAUAUUUCUGGUUUAGCUAUAACAGGUUAUGUUUUCUGUGGAAUUCUUGCUGCAAUACAUAUUUAUAUAUUUAUAUUGGAAGCCAUACUUUGGAAAAAACGAGCAGCUGAAGUUUUUCGAUUACCACAAUCAACUGUUGACGCUGGCGCUAGUUUAGCCGCCAAUCAAGGUUUUUAUAAUCUUCUACUUGCUGUUGGUCUUAUUUGGGGACUAGCAGAAUUAAAUCCUGAUCGAAUGUUAUUUUUUUCGGCAGCUAUAUUUACAGCUGGUAUAUUUGGUGCAAUAACAGCAUCACCUCGUAUUUUAUUUGUACAAGUUAUACCAGGUUUACUUGCGUUUAUUUUUAUUGCUUUUGGUUUUUUUCCAACAAACGUUUGGUCGUAUUGGAAACAUCCAUUAUAUUUAUUACUUAUUUUAAUUGGUGCUGGUCUUGUAACAGCUAUUUUAAGUUUUAUAAUAGAAAACGUUUUUCUAAAAACUAUUUCAAAAACAUCUCCACCACAAAUAUCACCUAAUGACUAUUUGUAA